UUCCCGUAGUGCGGAGCCGCCACUCCUCCACCCCGCGGUCCAUUUCGCAAAACCUAGAUCCGAAUCCUCGCCGCCGGCCAUGGCGAGUCGCCGGGCCAUCUCAUCAGCCCUCCGCACGGUCUCCCGCACCCGCGCCGCCUCCCCGUCGCCGUGUCCCCGCGCGCCGCUCCAUCGCCCAUCCCCCGCCGGCUUCCUCUUCAACCGCGCCGCCGCCUACGCGUCCUCCGCCGAGGCGCAACCGACACGGCGGGUGGGUAACAAGGCCAAGGGCGCGAAAAGCGGAAAAGCCAUGAUGUUUCCGCUCCAUUUUCAUUACGAAGAUGUAUUGCGUGAGGACCUGCUGCUCAAACUUAAUCACACCAAUGUCAUGGAAGUCCCUGGACUGUUUGAGAUCAGACUGGUACCAAAAUCUACCAAUGAUGCCAAAAUCCAAUUUGGAAAGUUGGCCAUGGAGAUUCUGUGUGGUCAGAGAUCCAUACAUGCACAAUUGCCCGACCAUUUGAAAUCAGGAAGGUCGGGAUCCAAUGCGUUUCUGGCGUCCCAGAAAGACGCCACAUCUCUAAGGCAAAGCAUCAUUCGGGGGCAUGGAAUGUACAAUUUCCUGGUCAGAGUCUUGACAGUAAUGUCUAUGUUGGAUUCUAAGGUAUCAAUAGAACAGGGAAACUGCAUCAAGUUCUUCAUGGCAACUGAGUUUUGUGAGUUCUCCCCAGAGAUAGAAGAUCAUUUCGAGAUCUUUGAGAACAUUGGAGGGUUCAAUGUGACAAUUGUCACUUCUGCCAGUUCAAAAGAGGAGACUUCCCUUCUGUGGAGUGGCUUUUUGCUCAAAGAUGAAGGUGAAAUUAACUAAGAUGCUGGAGAUGAAGCAGUGAGAGAUCACAAGCUUCACGGCUAAAUAUGAACUAAGAUGAAAGCUUUUAGCAUUUUGCAAUCUGAUCUUUUCUCAGGUCAAGCAUUCCAAGAUGCCAAGAAUGAAAAUGUUGGGUACUUGGCUUUUCUUGCUGCAUUAGUAGCCAGUCACUUGUGAAGUUUUGCCUCUCAAGUAGGCUAUGAUUCUGGAUAGCAACUUGUGUAGAUUUUAUUUUGUUACCUGAAGCUAGCCAAUAUUUGUCUUGCGCUUAAACUUUAUCAUUCGAACUGAUAACACAUUUACCAAGACGCUGUGUUCCUUUUGUUGUUUUCCUUGUGGAUGGACAUAUGGUGUAUGUUACUCAAGUGAAACCAGGAGAGCAAUUCCCAAGUAUCA